GUAAAGUGCAUCAUUUUUUAAAGUGCCAACAUUCACUAAAGAAAGAUGCGGAGUCCUACUUCUGUGUAGCAAUUAAACAACCAGCGCUCUAGUGCCCACCGAGGGCAGGAGGUGAGGAUUUAGAUAUGAUUGGUGGUCCAGGCUCCUGUGCUCCAACCUCCUCCCGCUGACCUGUCCCUGCCACCAACCGGGCUCUCUUUGCUUCCAGUCUCACUCUGCCCUCCUUUGCCAGGGACCCUCCCUGCACUCUUAGUGGCACUGAAACUCCACCUACUCCCCUCUCCCCUCCAGCACCCAUAAAACCUCCCAGGGUGGAAACACGUCACUGACUCACCAGGCAGGACUGCGCUUGAGGUUUCUGACCACUCUCAGGACCCGUGGGGUUUAGGGUUCUUGCUCAGACCUCUGAGUUCCCCUGAGAUUGUCACCUACCCUCAGUGUGGCUUGCCCUGGAAAGGAGGGCAAAGCCAGGGUCCUGCAAAGAAGAGGCAGUGAACAGAGAGAGCCAGGUGGGAAGCCCGUUACUUGACCACAGCUUCCUCCUGGCCAUCCCAGCUCCUCCGCCCAGGGCAGCCCUGAUGGGGAAGGGGUAGCUGGGCACGGAGGAGAGGAGCAGCCGCUAUGGAGACCCAGGAGCCAUGCACCAAGCAGGGCUAUUGCCUCCACGUCCAGAUUCACAACUGCCCCUGGAGGUCCCGGCUUCCCUCUGCCUGCAAUCAGCCCUUCCCAGCUCUCCCACUUCCCAGCCUGGCCUUGGCCUUUCUCAUUUUGUCUAUCUCAGAAGCGCUGGAAGAACUGAGCAGAGUCAGACCAGCUCCCGGUUUCCUCUUCCCUGGGGCCCCCAUGUCUUCUCCUGCCAGCCCACAGGGAAAGGGUGGGAGGCUCUGGAAAGCCUUGCUCCUGCCACUGUUGCUGCCACUGCUGAUCGCAGGCUCAUGGGCACUACCAGAGGCUCAGCAUCUUCACCGAGUGGCAGGGCAGACGCUUUCUGUGACAUGCCAGUACCCCCCCAAAGUCUGGCCCUACGAGAGGAAGGGCUGGUGUAAGGAGCUGUCAGCGUUCAAGUGCACCAGACUCGUCACCAGCUCUGGUCCCGGCAGGCUGGUUCAGUCCUCUCGAUUCUCAAUCUGGGACAACCCUAGCACCGGCCUCUUCAUCGUCACCAUGACUGGUCUGAAGGAGGAAGACUCAGGACACUACUGGUGUAGAAUCUACCACGCUUCCGGCAACUCUGUCUCUAAGUCCAUAAGAUUCUAUCUGGCAGUGUCACCAGCUCCUGCCUCCACACAGGCCAGCCGGGCUUCUGCUGAGCUGGUCUCAUCACCGACCCAGAGCUCUGUGCCCCCAGCUGGAAGAGCCAAGCAGGCCCCCAGGCCCGCCUCUGCCAUCACCACCCUUUCACCGCAACAAAACUCCACCCUCCGCUCUCACCCUGCAGCCCCCAGCGCUCUGGUCCCCGUGCUCUGUGUGCUGCUUGUGGCCAAGGGUCUGGCGCUAACAGUCCUGACUGUCCGAGCCUUAAGGAGUCCACACGUGCAACACAGAGGGAAGUCUCUGAUGCAUCCAGCUCCGCCCAGACCCCAGGCUUCGGGAUCCAAGGAUGGCCAGUCUUCCCCAGGCCCCCAGGGAGCUCCUCCCUGGACUCUGAACCUUUUGUUCACUGCAAAGAAAAGGCAGAAGUCCCCCAGAACUUGUUCCAAGACCCUUGGCUACACCCCUCGCUCCAGUGCUGAGGAUUUCCCAGCCUCGCCUCGUCCCAAGAUCCAGGCCCACCAGUUGCUCACACGCAACUGGCUUCUGGGCCAGCACCAUCCGGGUGGGACAUGCAGUGGACAACCCUGAUGGAACCCAGGAGCCCAGAUGCCAGUAAAGUCACCUGCCACUUUCAGUAGGUCAUUGACCUUCUCCAGAUGCAUCUCCUCUCUUGUAGGGAGAUAAAUAUUGCCACCACACUGUUGGGAGGGCUUAGAUAAACAACACAAUUGGACAAGCCUUGCACAUU